ACUUGACUCAAAUCCACCCCUGGACCACUCCAACCAACCCGGAACUUUUAAGUGAUCUAAUAAUUCCUGAAAACUUUGUAAGGAGUUUCCUCCUGGUUUUCUGAGCGGCUCAGAUGUUUCUCUAAGAAAAGUCGCUUCUGCAGACUGAGUUCGGUCCUUCUGGGGGGAAAGAAAGACAGUUGCAAAUGUUUCUCGCACCGACUGCGGUGGUUCCUGCAGGACAGUUGUAGCCGUCGACUUGUCUUUUCAAACCAGCAGCUGGAGCUUGGUGGAGUCAAGAGGUGCCAACAUGCCACAACAGAAGGACAUAGUGAAGAUAGCUAUCCAGAUGCCUGGGGCCUACCCCCAGCUCAUACAACUGGACCAGAAAAAGCCUCUGUCUGCUGUAAUAAAGGAGGUUUGUGAUGGCUGGAAUCUCCCAGGUCCUGACAACUACGCUCUGCAGUAUGCUGAUGGAGUGCAGAUGUAUAUCACUGAAUCGAAUCGUCUGGACAUUAAGAACGGCUGCAUUCUUCGUCUGACCAAGGCACCGGGCCGCUGUGCAGAAGACUUGUACAAGGGCAUCCAGAGCUCGGACUCAGGCGUGCGCUGUGAUUCACUGAAGGAACUGGCGAGUGUUUCCACAGACGUGACCUUUGCCCAGGAAUUCAUCAGCCGAGACGGACACAUCUUAUUGGUCAAGAUAGUGGAGGACUCUAAUGAGAGUAAUGUGAUCAUGACCCACACACUGACGGGCUUCAUGGAACUGAUGGAUCAUGGGAUAGUUUCAUGGGAGAACCUCUCAUCUGACUUCAUCAAGAAGAUUGCCAGCUUCGUCAAUGCCAAGCCGACCGAUGCGUCAAUACAGCAGGUGUCCUUGGACAUCCUGGAGAGCAUGGUGCUGAGCAGCCACAGUCUCUUCCUGCAGGUCAAACAGGAAGUCACUCUGGAGAGGCUCAUCGCUCACCUCCAGGUGACGAACCAGCAGAUCCAGACCAAAGCCAUGGCACUCCUAAUGGCACUACUACAAACAGCCGGGGACUCGGACAGACAGGAAAUGUUUGCGUUCCUGAAAAAGAAGAAUCUCCGUCAGUACAUUUAUAAAAACAUCAUCCAUAGUUCUGGUUCAGUCCAGGACGAGAUGGCCCACUACCUCUAUGUCCUACAGUCAGUUACUUUGAAUCACCUGGAGCCUCGCAUGAGGACGCCUCUGGACUGUUACAGCCAGGAGCAGAGAGACAUCCUUCAUAAUUUGCGGCAGGCAGCGUUUGAGAUGGAAAGCGAGAACAGUCUGAGCCACGAGAGGCGACGCUCGCUCUGCGCCAAAGAGUUCAAGAAGCUAGGCUUCUCUAACAACAGUAACCCCGGUCAGGACUUGGUGCGAACGCCUCCUGGUCUUCUUGCUUUGGACACCAUGUUUUAUUUUGCCUCAAGCUAUCCUGAUGCCUACAGCAGGUUUGUCCUGGAGAACAGUAGCAGGGAAGACAAACAUGAGUGUCCAUUUGCCAGGAGCAGCAUCCAGCUCACACUCAUCCUGUGCGAAAUCCUUCGUAUCGGAGAGCCCCCCUCAGAGACAAGAUCUGACUACCACCCCAUCUUCUUCAGUCAAGAUCGCCUGAUGGAGGAGCUUUUCUGUGUCUGCAUUCAGCUGCUCAACAAGACCUGGAAGGAGAUGAGAGCCACACAGGAGGACUUUGACAAGGUGAUGCAGGUGGUAAGGGAGCAGAUCACCAGGACACUGUCCAGUAAGCCGACCUCCUUGGAGCUCUUCAAGAAUAAAGUUAAUGCUCUCAACUACAGCGAGAUCCUCAAACUGCGGCAGACAGAGCGGCUUCACCAAGAAGAGACUCUUGCUCCACCCGUACUUGAGCUUAAAGAGCGCCUGAAGCCAGAGCUGCUUGAGUUGAUCCGCCAGCAGAGACUCAACAGACUGUGUCAAGGAACAAUGUUCAAGAAGAUUAGCAGCCGACGCAGACAGGAUAAACUUUGGUACUGCCGCUUGUCGCCAAAUCACAAAAUGCUUCACUUCGGUGAUGUGGAGGAAGACACGGAGAAUCCACCAAUUGAAACACUGCAAGAGAAGAUUCCAGUAGCAGAUAUUAAAGGCUUGCUGACGGGAAAAGACUGUCCUCACAUGAAGGAGAACAAAGGCAAACAGAACAAGGAGGUGCUGGACCUGGCAUUUACCAUCACAUAUGACGUAGAAGAGUACAGCCUGAACUUCAUCGCCCCCUCCAGAACUGAUUUCUGCCUGUGGACAGAUGGACUAAGCGUUCUCCUCGGCCGGGAGAUGAGUAGUGAAUCAAUGCGCGCUGAGCUGGAGAUCCUCCUCUCUAUGGAAAUUAAACUCCGCCUCCUGGACCUUGAGAACGUUACCAUCCCCGAUAGUGCGCCAGCUGUCCCCAAACCACCAAGCAACUACAACUUCUGCUACGACUUCAGCCAGACUGAGCAGUAGUGUGUGUGCGCGUGCGUGCGUGUGUGUGUGUGUGUGUGCAUUCACUGGAGUGCAACUACGACGUGUCAAUGUGUAAAUAUAUACUGUAUGUGUGUGUAUCUGAAAUAAGAGGUGUGUGUGAGUGUAUGGUGAGACCUGACCUGUGCAUCCUUGCACUUAUUCCUAUAACACAGAUUUAUAACCUCGACAUUAGAUUCUUCUUCUGGGGCAUGUUGUUGAGCAGGACAAAACCUGUGGAAAGAAACCUUGUCUUUAAACUACAAUAGGGGGGUUGUGAACUGAUAUCAAAUGGUUAUUGACUGCACUAAAUGCUGCACAUUAUCACUCCAUAAAUUGGGAGAGAAAUGUUUUCAGUUCGUAGCUCUAUUCAUGAUUCCUCGUCAGCUGUCAACUGCCAAAACAGCUCCAAAAACAACAGAAACUCAGAAAAAUUUGAUUCUUUUUACAUAAUACAGCCACACAAGUAAUGGUACUUUUAUUUUGUUUUGUAAUCAUUUUAUAUUUCUAAAUAUAUCCAAAACUGUGUGAUGCAUGAAAUAUUGCGAGAGGUGGUUUAUUACUGGUUGAGGCUGCAGAUUGUUUUGAUGCUUUGUCUUAAAUCUUUUGCUCAUUCUUGUAUUUGCUUUUCUUAUUUUGUUUUUCCAACAUAUGAAAGACAAAUACAGUAGAUUUUUAAUGUUGGACAAUAUUUGCAAAUAUACCUAAAAGGUACUCGCCUUUGUAUGGUUCCCAGUGGCUCAGUAUGAUUACUGUGGAGCAGAAAUGCCCUGAAAGCUCUGUAUUUUUAUUUUUUUUUAUUUUUAAAAGUGAUUCGUUUUGCAUUAGGUACCAAGCUGACUUUUUUUUUAACAGUAAGCAAGUGUACUUUUGCCAUCAUAAACAGUUAUGACAAUGAAAAAUGGUUUUAUAUCAAAUCUUUGAUGCAGUCAGUAAUCAAAUCCUGAAUGAAUUUUAAAACUGAUCAAUUUCUUACAAGGAAUUUAUUGUACCAGGAUGUGCUACGAGCACUCAGUGGUGUCACCCGAAGCAUCUACUCGAGAACUGACACAGGUCUACAUUAUAUCACAGUGUGUUUGAGUGUUUUCUGGGAAUUGUGUAAAAUCUUUAGAGCACAGUCACAAAAGUCCACUGCAGUGCAUUCCUGACACACAGCCCUCUGUGAUCUCUAUCGCUUUGAAUCAUGUGCUUUGGGUGAAUUCACAUGAAUAAAUAGUUGAUUUAUACUGAGGAAAAAAAA